AUGUCGUUCUCCGACACACAUCCACAUCCAAGUUCUGUUACCGAACAUCAUGCUCAUCAAGACCCGGAUCAACGCCGGACCUCCACAGACUCUGAAUUGAUCCAUCACCUUUAUUUUGAAGAUAACGAUGGCUUCUUUCCACCAAGUUGGAUCGGAAAAGUCUCACCACAGAGACCCUCGACCGAAAACUCGGGAGGCAACAACCUCGAGCACACUAGGGACAGUAACACAAGUGGCUACAAGGAAAGAACAUGA